CGAGAGGGCACGAGGAGGGAAAUGGGUUCUAUGUCUAGAGUAGGGCUAACGCAAGGGAGCCAGCGGAUCCCGGAGGUGAGGGGACAGCGGUGGCCCAGGGACCAGCCACCGCCUCUAGGAGACACCCCUCCAGGAUCGGGAUGAGAAGGAGAGAGCUCUGGAGAGAGAAGCUUGAGAAACCUACAGGCCGGUGGAGCUUUUCAUCUGGGACCCUUCGGAGCCCAGGAGAGAGCAGUCUGUCUCCCUUCCGCGCGAUGGCCUCUGUGAAGACUUAUGUGACCAAGUUGAAGUCCUUCGUGAUUUUGUUCUUCUCCCCGAUUCUGCUGCUUCCACUCAUCAUUCUGAUACCUGACAAGUUUGCCAGGUGCGCCUAUGUUAUCAUCCUCAUGGCCAUCUACUGGUGCACAGACGUCAUCCCGGUGGCCAUCACCUCCCUCCUGCCUGCCUUGCUCUUCCCACUUUUGAAGGUACUGGACUCCAAGCAGGUGUGUAUGCAGUACAUGAAGGACACCAACAUGCUCUUCCUGGGAAGCCUCACUGUGGCCGUGGCUGUGGAGCGCUGGAAACUUCAUAAGAGAAUUGCCCUGAGAAUGCUGCUCUAUGUGGGGACCCAGCCCUCACGGCUGAUGCUGGGCUUUAUGUUUGUCACGGCCUUCCUGUCCAUGUGGAUCAGCAAUACUGCCACCACAGCCAUGAUGAUGCCCAUUGUUGAGGCCAUGCUGGAGCAAAUAGUAGCCACGCACGCAGCUUUGGAUACCUGCCAGGGGACACUGGAGCUGUCGGACAAGGCCAAGGCCGGCGAGUUUCCAGGAAACCAGGUGAUGUUUGAAGACAUCACUGUGCAGAAGCAGGAAGAUGAAGACACAAAGAACAUGUACAAGGCUAUGCACCUCUGUGUGUGCUAUGCAGCCAGCAUUGGGGGUACGGCCACCUUGACCGGGACGGGACCCAACGUGGUGCUCCUGGGCCAGAUGCAGGAAUUGUUUCCUGACAGUAAAGAAGUCCUGAAUUUUGCUUCUUGGUUUGGAUAUGCCUUCCCCAACAUGCUGAUCAUGCUGAUGCUGUCCUGGCUGUGGCUCCAGUGCUUUUACAUGGGAUCCAAGUCUAUAUUUAAAAAAUCUUGCAUCUGCUGCGGGCAGAAGAAGCAGAGCACCAAGAAGUUGGCCUUCAAGGUGCUGCAGGAGGAGCACAAGAAGCUGGGGCCCUUGACCUACCCCGAAUACAACGUGCUCUUCUGCUUUGUUCUGCUUAUCAUCCUAUGGUUCUCCCGAGACCCCGGCUUCACGCCUGGCUGGCUGUCCAUUGCCUGGGUGGACGGAAGGACCAAUUAUGUCACUGACGCCACAGUGGCCAUCUUUGUGGCCAUCUUGCUUUUCAUUGUACCUUCCCAGAAGCCCAAGUUCAACUUCAGCAGCCAGACUGAGGAAGAAAGGAAAAUUCCGUUCUAUCCCCCACCACUGCUGGAUUGGAAGUACACCCAAGAGAAAAUGCCCUGGAGCAUAGUGCUGCUCCUCGGGGGAGGCUUUGCUAUGGCAAAAGGAUGUGAGACUUCUGGGCUCUCUGAGUGGAUGGCAAGACAUAUGGAGCCCUUGAACUCAAUGAAGCCUUCCACCAUUACCCUGGUCCUGUCCUGUCUUAUUGCUCUGAUCACAGAGUGCACAAGCAAUGUGGCCACCACCACCUUGUUCCUGCCUAUCUUUGCCGCCAUGGCUCGUUCCAUCGGCAUCCAUCCACUGUACGUCAUGAUUCCCUGUGCCAUGAGUGCAUCCCUUGCCUUCAUGUUGCCUGUGGCCACCCCGCCUAAUGCUAUCGUGUUUGCCUAUGGACACCUCAAAAUUGUUGACAUGGUAAAAACAGGAUCCGUGAUGAACUUCAUUGGAGUUGCAUGUGUGUUUUUGUCAGUUAACACCUGGGGACGGUCCUUGUUUAAGUUGGAUGAGUUCCCUGACUGGGCUAAUUCAACAAGUAUUAACACUUAGGAAAAGCCGCAGCAGAACAAGCAUGGCCCCCCCACCCCCUCCCACCCUUCUGAGGACUGUGAUCCUCUGGCGCACCUUGCACAGAGCACUGGUGCUCAUACCCCAGUGUGAUCCAAUGAUGCCAACACCCUAGAAGAUCUAGCCAGUUAGUCACCUCUUUCUCCAGGCUGAUUCAGAGAUGGCAAUGGGCGACUGGAAGAGAAGUAAGGGAGUCCCUUUGAGAGGCCACGGCCUCAUCUUUCCCAGGACCCUGCCAUCCCCUCUGGGACAGACAGGAAACAGAGGGACCAGGACUCAAGAUCCUGUACCACGUGGCUUUGAAAGACUACUUGGUCCCAUGCUGGGCUUUGGUUCUCACAUCCUUGUUCCCGUGGUGUCCUCGGGGGAUUAGAUCAGCAGAAUGAGAGCCCAGCCCCUGUGCCACCUCUGGAUGCCCCAGAUCAUCUCUGUCACUGAACUCUGAUCUUGAGCAGCUUCCCACCGCCAGAGCGAGAGCGGGAGUCAAGGCUUCCUGAAGACUUAGACCCUACACGGCGCCAUCACUCAUGGCUGAGCAACCUGAGGUGCUAACAUCACGACAUCCCUGCUCACCCUUGACGGACCCGUCCCCUACUUGUCUUGUUUCAUAUUAAUUAACAAUUCAAACCCCUUUCCCAGCUCCCCACUGAGCCUCCUUCUACUCUGAUAUCCCUUUAUUGUCUUGGCCAGAAGCUGCUCACGCCCCUGGCCGAGGCUCAUGAGAAAACCCCAGUUUUUCCAGGGAGCUCAGUUUGGUUCUUCUGGGAAUGCUCUUCCUGCCAGACCAGACCAGUACAGCUGGGAUCACACUCUGAGGAUGGACAAUGGUCUUUGGUGGGUGGUAUCCAAGGGGCUUACCUAAGUCUCCCCUUAGCUAGACCUGGAGCAGCUUCAACAGCUCAUUUCCAAGGACUGGACCACUGCAGUUGGUCUGUCCUGCUGGAGUUGGAGCUCCUCAGGGAAGGCCUUUCCCUUGCAAGCUGUGCACUGUUGCCAGGCCUGGUGGCAACAGAGCGUGGUUGAGACUGAGUGAUAUCCGGUGGUCCCCGAGCAGUCGGACCCCACCAGAGGAAAUCAGUUGACCUGAGAGUAUGGGGAAUUACUCCAGAGUGUCCAUGGGAACCCACAGGACCCCUCAAAUGAAAGGGAGACAGGGAAGGAAACUCCCCCUUGUCCCUCAGUGACACUCUCUUCCCUACUUAUAUUGCUCUGAAAAGAAGCACUGGAGGGUAGAUAAGGCCCAUGGGUGUCAUUUUUCUGGGCAGAAGACAGUAUGGGGACCCAAGGAAUCCCCAUCAAAAUCCAAGUGUGUGCCUGGUUCCUUGGGAGGGUAACUCCUGACCACACUGUUGAAGGCUUACCCUUGUCAAAUAAUCUGUCUGCUAUGGAAAGUUCCAGUGGGCUGACUGGUCUGUGAUUUUGUGCCUUGUGGAGGAGACAGAGGGAGGUAGAUGAAUAAACAGUUAUUCUCUGUCCA